AUGACUUUAAAAAGAAGAUCCACUGGUUGUAUCAGACAACCUUCUUUUUAUAGCUCAACCAACACAAGUACCUCUGUUGCAAACACAAAAGAAAUCUGGCGUCCUCCAGGUCACUGUGAGAUUCCAAACGUAUUUGGCAAAGAUUGUUUCUUAAAGCCAGAACCCUAUGAUAACAAAAAAACAUUGAAUUUGCGUGAAUACCCCUCUAGCAACAAAUUUGAAGAAAAGAAGCGCUGGUGUCCUGUAGGUCCUAGUACAGAAAUUCCACAGUUGCCUCCUUUGGUGCGAUCUGAAAAUGAAUUUGAACGUAGAAUACGUAAAGCCUUAUCACAUCAAAAAAAGAUUAGUGUUUCAACACUUGAUCCACGCAAUAAAUACGCUGGAUUCAAAGAAGUGGGCACAGGUGUCAAUGGUUCAGUUGUUCGUGCCACUCACAAGUAUAAAAAGAAUCUGCAUUUAGCUAUUAAAAGAUGCCGAUUAGACCCCGAUCGAGAGUAUAAAGCAGCUAUCGUUCGCGAACUCCGUAUCAUGUCUUCUGGCCACAACAAUCUGAUUCGACUUCGUGAAGUGACUUUAUGGCGUGACGAUGUCUGGAUGGCCAUGGACUUGAUGCGUUGCUCUGUCUUUGCUGUCUUGUGUCAGCGUGGUAUUCCUGAAGAACACACUAUUCAUAUUGCCUGUGAGGCCCUUAAGGCAUUACACUACCUUCAUGGCAAAGGCUUUAUUCACAGAGAUAUUAAAUGUGAAAACUUAUUGCUUGGCUGGAACGGCGAAGUGAAAUUAGCUGACUUUGGUUUGGCUACUCGUACCACCAAACGUAAUCGUGACCGACUGGGUACAAGUAAAUGGAUGGCACCCGAAGUUAUUCGGGAACAAUCUUAUAACGAAAAGAUUGACAUGUGGUCACUUGGUAUCACCAUCAUUGAAAUGAUGGACCGUGUUCCUCCUCACUAUCUCAUCAAGGAUGAAAUGGAAUUGUUCUCUACUGUCUUGUCUGAACCAAGUCCAACCUUUACUUACAGUUACCCUACCAUGUACAUGCGUGGUUUGGUUGCUUGGUUAUUGGAUGAAGUUCCAAAUACUAGACCAUCAGCAAAGGAUGUUCUUUCCGAAAUUGAUGCUCAUGUUCAAAGUCGACUCUUGAAAUGUUCUACUUCAGUUGAACUCGCUAGAUUUGUAAACCACGUCUUGCCUCCUUGUUAA